CUCAUUUCGGUCUCACGGCUUCUACCACGUAUACAACAUCACGAUUCCCAACAAAACACAGCUAAGGACAAUGAAAUUUGAUGAGAAAAGACUUCAGGCAUUCCGCCUCAUCAACCCGGAUGGAUCAUCGAUCCCAUUGUCAGAUAUCAAACGCAUUGAGGCGCGCUUCGAUCAAAAAUCUCAGGAGUUUAUCAUCCUUUGGAAUGAUAUAAAAUCGGUUUACAAGGAGUCAACCCAUAUAGAAUCCGGAAGAAGGAUCCUAUCUUUCCUUACAGAUGACAACUUUGAAUACAUCAAGCCGCUCCGGAUCCGUGCGGAGCUAGACGGCGUACUGGAUGUUGUCAUUUCCUCUCAAGAAGGCGCUUCGAAAGAACCGGGCGUAGCAGUAACACAGGGAAAGGUGGACGGGUCAGUUACACCAGAGUUGAAUGAAGUCGUGACUCUUACUGCCGUCAAGGUAGCCAACAGCAAUGGUCCCAAAAGCUUGGAGCCACAUAUGAAGCUCGUUUCCAUAAGAGAAGAUGGGGCAGGUUGUUCGAUCAUAGUCGAGCCGCAGACAGAGGGUGUUGAAAGCAAUGAAGCAAAGUUUUCGGAAAGGCCAACCAUCCUUGAGAGCGAGGAAUUGGCACUUGCUCUGAUCAGAGCAGCCAAUGGGGAUGCUUUCACUCAGACGAAUCUGGGAUACAUGUACCAUUGCGGGAAUGGAAUCCCACAAGAUUACUCAAAGGCCUUUGACUGGUACCUCAAGGCCGCUAACCAAGGAAACGCCACUGCUCAGAACAACCUAGGUACCAUGUACGAGGAUGGCAAGGGAGUCCAACAAGACUACUCCAAAGCCAUCGACUGGUAUCUCAAGGCUGCCAAUCAAGGAUAUGCCAAAGCUCAGCACAACCUUGGUACUAUGUAUGAGAAUGGGAGAGGCGUCCCACAAGACUACUCAAAAGCUAUUGACUGGUAUCUCAAGGCUUCCAAUCAAGGAUACGCCAAAGCUCAGCAUAAUAUUGGUACCAUGUACUAUAAUGGCAAAGGAGCCCCAAAAGAUUACACAAAAGCCAUCGACUGGUACCUCAAGGCAGCUAACCAAGAAUAUGCCACUGCUCAGCACAAUCUCGGUACCAUGUACGAGCAUGGCAAGGGAGUGGCACAGGACUACUCGAAGGCCUUUGACUGGUACCUUAAGGCAGCUGACCAAGGAUACCCAAAUGCUCAGCACAGCCUUGGCUCCAUGUACUAUAAUGGCAAAGGAACCUUACAAGACUGCUCAAAAGCCAUCGAGUGGUAUCUCAAGGCAGCUAAUCAAGGAUAUGCUGAUGCUCAGAGCACUCUAGGAUGUAUGUACCAUUAUGGCAAGGGAGUCAUACAAGAUUAUUCAAAAGCUUUUGACUGGUAUCACAAGGCUGCCGAUCAAGGGAAUGCUGAUGCUCAGAACAAUGUAGGCGCCAUGUACUAUAAUGGCAAGGGCAUCCCACAAGACUAUCCAAAGGCCUUCAAGUGGCUUCUCAAGGCUGCCGACCAGGGGGAUACCGGCGCUCAGAACAAUAUCGGCGCCAUGUACUAUAAUGGCAAGGGUAUUUCACAAGAUUAUUCCAAAGCUUUUGAAUGGUUCCUCAAGGCUGCUAACCAAGGACAUGUUGAUGCACAGCGCACUAUUGCCUCGAUGUACCAUCACGGCAAGGGAGUCUCGAAGGAUUACAUUGAAGCGAAACAAUGGUACCAAAAAGCUGCUGAUCAAGGUGAUGUUGAUGCCCAGAGGAUGUUGGACAAACUUCGGCGCUGA